AUGGGGGCGGGAGCGGGGGCUGGGGGCGGGGAAGCGGCGGAGGCCCGAGUGCGCUCCGCUCGGCUGCGCCGCUGCGGGGGCGGAGGGACGCGCCGGCUCGGCUGGCUGGCUAUGAUGGGGGAGGGGCCGGGCAGGGAACGGGGUAGGGGGCUCUCUCUACUGUGCGGCGCGGCGCGGGGGAACGAGAGAGACAGAGCGGGCGGCGGCGGCGGCACACAGAGUGAUACAUCGAGCUGCGGUGUCGGCCCGGCCCGGCCCGGGAGGGGCGGCGUGGGGUGGGGCGGGGGCGGGAGGGGUGUGGGCGGCGGCGUCUGUGUGAGUGCGCGUGGGAUGGGCGGCGCGCCCGGCCCCCGACGGCCGCUCCGAAUUUCAGCGCCCGCUCGCUACGAGCCGGGCCACCGCACCGCAACGCCGGCAGCGAGGGGGGGCCUGGGAGAGAAGGGAAGAAAACCUUGGCUGCGAGCGCGCCGGAGGGGUGAGCGCGCGCGCGGGCGGCGGCGGGGGCGCGGCGGGGGCGGGUAG